AUGGAUCAUCGUUAUCAAUAUAUCCACUACUACUUGGAACAUUUUAUGGGUCAAUAUGUGGAGCUUCUUCACCAUGUUGAGUCCAAUACCAAUAAUUUGGUUGGAACCCAAACCUAUACAAGUGAAACUCAUGUGACACUUAGUUCAUUGAGCACCAAAAAUUAUGGGAAUGAAACAUACUGCCUUGCUUGCAGUGCUUUGUCUUCACUACCAACUAUUGGGGAUAUAAUGGGACUUUUAGAGCCGUCGAUGGAAGAGAGCAUCAGAGCCGUCGAUGGAAUUAAGCUCAAUGCAUAUAUUCAGCAACUUGAAUUAAGCAGGAUUAGGCUUAAUCAGAUGGAACAAGAACUAACACAUGCUAGAAAUCAAGGCAUGUUCUUUGGUGGAGGUGCAAUUAUGGGAGGAGAACAAGGCAUUCCUAUCUCAAUGAAUAGCAUUAGCUCAGAUGCUGCAAUGUUUGACGUGGAAUAUGCAAGGUGGCUAGAGGAGCACCACCAUUUAGUGUGUGAAUUAAGAGCUGCAGUUCAAGAGCACCUUUCUGAGAAUGAACUUAGAAUGUUGGUGGACAAAUUCUUAACACAAUAUGAUCAAGUAAUGAAUCUAAAGAGCUUAGUUGCAAAAGCAGAUUAUUAA